AUGGCGCACACCAAUCUUCUCCUCUGCACGGCAAUCUCAGUCUGCCUUGCCGCUACAGCUCUUGCGCCACCUCCUGACACCACCCAACAAGCACCGACCACGACGACGGUGCGCGCCGGCUACUACUUCGCCGCCGACGCCAACCUCCAGCCCCUGGCGCACCUCGAUGCCUCCCUCUACACCCACCUCUACUACUCCUCCCUCGCCGUGCACCCCACGCGGCGCACGCUCCAGCUCCCCGCCGACCCGGCCCAGGCGCGCCUCCUCGCCACCUUCUCCCGGUCGCUCAAGGCCAAGAACCCGGCGCUGAGGACUCUGCUCUCCGUCGCCACCGCCGGGACUGACGCCGCCACCGCUGGCGCCGCAGCUCCGGACCCCGCAUUCGCCGCCAUGGCUGCCGACCCGGCGUCGCGGGCCGCGUUCGUCGACACGGCCGUCCAGGCGGCGCGAGAGAACGGCUUCGACGGGAUCGACGUCGCGUGGCGGUUCCCGGCGUCAGCGAUUGAGAUGGCCGACUUCGGGUUCCUCGCCUCCGACUUCCGCGCCGCGGCGCCCCCGGGGUUCCUCCUCACCGCCACUGUCUACUUCUCCAACCACGUCUUCGGCGCCGGCGCGGACUACCCGUCGGAAGCGCUCGCGGGGAGCCUCGACUGGGUCAGCGUGAUGGCGUUCGGGCUCCGUCCGGCCGGCGCGGGGCCGGCCAGCUUCACGGCCUUCGACGCGCCGCUGUACGACGCGGCGUCGCACUUCUCCGCGAGCUACGGCGUCGUGUCCUGGCUCGACGCGGGCGUGCCGGCGGGCAAGGUGGUGAUGGGGCUCCCGCUCUACGGCCGCUCGUGGUUCCUGCGCAACAAGGCCAACAGCGGCGUCGGCGCGCCGGUCGUCGCCGCCGGGCCGAAGCAGCGCGGGAGCAACACGACGGGGGCCAUGUCCUACGCCGAGGUCCAGGCGCUCGCCGCGACAGGGGCCGGACGCGCGCCGGUGAUGACGUCCUACGACAACGCCUCCGUGUCGUCAUACCUGGCGGUGGGCGACGUCUGGGUCGCCUUCGACGGCGCGGCCGUGGUCGCCGAGAAGCUGGGUUUCGCCGCGCGGCGCGGCCUGCUCGGCUACUUCCUGUGGCCGGUGAACUACGACGAUGCCAACCUCACGGUGUCCAGGAGAGCGUCAGAGGUCUGGGAGCAGAGCAGAGUUUCGUCGGAUUUGAGGAACACCACCGGCGUCCGGCAAGGGAAGGCGCCACUUGAGCUGCCGCCGGCUCUCCGUUCAACCGCACCAGCAUCAGCGCCGGUGCCCGUGCCGACGUCUGCGUCCUUCUCGUGGCUGUGCAGGAACAAGCUUGAUCCGCGCCUGCAUUUGGCUGUCCUAGUUCUCCUAUUACAUCAGCAGCAAUAGUUC